CGUGACUGAAGGUCAAUUAUAUCAAAAAUAAAAAAGUUUAAACUACCUCAAAAAUGUUGGAAGUCAGCUCUCCUCUUCGAAACAACUCAAAAACAACCGUCAACUACAGAGACACUCUCAAAAAAGAAGCCCAAGAACGCAAAAAGAACAUUCUGCAUUUAAUACUGAAAUAUCUCCUCGAUAACAACUUGAAUUCAGUAGCUGAGGUGCUACAGACUGAAACUCAAACGGGGCUCUACCAUCAAGUGUGUGAGAACAUCGACUUGGACAUAAUUCUUCAAGAAUACCAAAGUUAUUAUUACACAAAAUUCCAAAAAAACCCGAAAAUUCUGCGCAAGCUUGGGGAAAACGAACAACUAAUAACGAUAAAAAAAGAAAAAAAAUCGGCACCCAAGGAAAAGCAGCCGGUACCGAAACCGGAAAAAAGCGAAGACGCUUUCCAAUUUGAAAUAGUAACUUUAUCGAAAGAACCAAGUUCGAGUAGCAUCAAAUCAAAACCACUGAGUGAUUUCGAAAAUUAUUCACCAGAAUGGCGCGAGAUGGCGGAUCAAGUAGUCAAACAAAUUGUUCCUAGAAAUCUCGGAGUCACGUUUAAAGACUGCGUUAGCUUGAACACUACAAUCGAAACACUAAAAGAAGCCAUUAUUUAUCCUCUUACUUAUCCUCAACUGUUCGAAAAAGCGUGCACGUGGAAAGGAGUUCUUCUCUAUGGACCUCCCGGUACUGGUAAAACUUUACUAGCGAAAGCUUUGGCGUGUGAAACACCAACUACGUUCAUAAACGUCACCAGCAGCGCUUUUGUUAGUAAAUGGAGAGGAGACUCCGAAAAACUGGUCAAAGUCCUUUUUGACGUCGCCAAAUUUUAUUCUCCGACCACGAUUUUCAUCGAUGAAAUUGACGCCUUGGCAUCUACAAUGCACGAUUCCAAUCACGAGGCUUCACGGCGGUUUAAGAGCGAACUUUUAACACAAAUCGACGGAAUCGUCAAAUCUGAAGAAGUUUUUAUUUUAGCAUCUACCAACACUCCGUGGGCGAUAGAUCAGGCGUUGUUACGGCGCUUUGAGAAAAGAAUUUUAGUGCCUUUGCCCGAUAAAGACUCGAGAAAUGAUAUCCUACAAUAUUAUUUUUCGAACAACGGGCACAACUUCAAAGACGAAGAAGUAGCAACGUUUGUUGAAAAGACGAAUAAUUUUUCUGGGUCUGAUUUGAAAAAUGUUUGCAAAGAAGUGGAAAUGAUCGUCGUUAGGGAAAAACUGCAGCAAAUCAAGAAGGGUGGUAAUAGGCAGAACGUCGGUAGGCAUGUAAAAAGCACCGAUGUUAUAAAUGCGUUGAAAAAAAUAAAACCGGUCAUUGAAGAAAAGGAUUAUAAAAAAUAUAUUGAAUGGGGAGCGAAACAUGGUGCCGUGUGACCUGGAAGAACUAGAUUACUUUUAUGUGCACGUACUUGUUUUAUUUUAAAUACAAUAACUUAAAGUGCUUGCGUUUUCUGUAUAUAGGAAAAUAAUUUGACAAGUUUUAAAAAGUGGCUCCCUCUUUGGGUUUAGCUGUUAUACUUGGUAGAACAAUAAA